AAUAAAUUUUACGAAGACCAUUAAUAAUCAUGAAUUCAGCAUUCGCAAGGUUUUCAGGGAAAUUUUCUCUUGCUAAGACUUUUAUGACUAGCAGAAUUAAUACUCCUAAUGUCUGGUUGAAUAUGUACAAGAUGCCUACAAUGAAUACACAAUUUAGCAGAGCCAUGUUUUCUGGAAGAUUUGGACAUCAAGUGAGGAAUGAAAUCCUAUUCAGAUCAGACAAUAAUAACCACUCCAGGAGAUCACAGAAGGGACUUUAUCAUGGAAAAACUCAUGGACCUAAAUUUAAGGUGUGCUUCUCUGAUAAGAGGCACAGAUACACUCAGAAGCCAAACGUGUUUGCAAAGAAAUUUUACUCUGAUAUUCUUGAAAUGGAGCUUGUUCUACCAGUCACAGUAUAUGCAUUCAGGAUCAUCAGAAAGUACAAGAGUUUUGAUAACUACAUCCUUAAAACUAAGGAAAAAGACAUGAAUUCCAAAAUGGGCAUGCACCUCAAAGAACUGAUGCUAAAGAAACUAAAGGAUCCUAAAUUUGUGGUUCCAUACAUCCCAUUCCAGUAUAAAGUUAAGAAAGGUCCCAGAAGGAGGCCAAGAUAUCUAGAGACUCUCCCAACCGUCUAUAUUCCAGUCCAUAUGCAGCAAACCGAGGAUUUCACUAAAUGGCACGACAAGUUGCCUAGUGAGAUGACUAGAGACGAAAUUGCCGAUUUUGAAGCCCUUAUGAAAGAUCCAGACUUUUUCGAGCUCAAAUCAGAGGAUUGGAAGAAGAAGCAACCUGAAUACAUUCGAUGCAGAGAAGAACUCCUCAAACUCCAGCCAAUGAGGCAUGAUAUCAUCAGGAAAUAUUGGGAACUUAAUAAGAACAGUGAAGAAGCAAAGUACGAAAUUGUAAGGAUGGCUGAUGAAACGGAAGAUUUCACGAAGAAGAUGCUUGAAGAUGAUUACAUUCACUACAAAGACGCCAUCCCAGAAAUCCCAGAGUUCCUUGAAAGAAUGGAGUUUGAGAAGAAGCUUGCUAUCCACAAUGAGAAGAAGACAAAAUUGGGAGAAAUCCAUCUCAGAAUUGGUACGAAGUAUUCAGGCUUCAAUCCAUUUGAAGGAAAGCCAAAGCAUCCAAAUGAAAGACACAAGAAAAUCAGGAAGGAAUGGAAGCCAGCUCAUGAGGAGUAAUACUAUCCACAAGUGUAUAUUGAAAAUUGAAAUGAAACGAGGCUUU